AUCGAUUCUUGAUUUUACAGAAGACAAUUCAAGAAGACGAUUUAGAAGACGGAGGAGUUCCCACCGGCGAUCUUAUACUAAUGGAUGGAAUGUACAAUUUCCAUUCGGCCGGUGAUUAUUCAGAUAAGUCGGUUCUGAUGAUGUCACCGGAGAGUCUCAUGUUUCCUUCUGAUUACCAAGCUUUACUAUGUUCCUCCGCCGGUGAAAAUCGUGUCUCUGAUGUUUUCGGAUCCGACGAGCUACUCUCAGCAGCCGCCUCCGCUUUAUCAUCGGAGGCGGCUUCGAUCGCUCCAGAGAUCCGAAGAAAUGAUGAAAACGUUUCUUUAAGUGUCAUCAAGACCAAAAUCGCUUGUCAUCCUUCGUACCCUCGCUUACUUCAAGCCUACAUCGAUUGCCAAAAGGUCGGAGCACCACCGGAGAUAGCGUGUUUGCUGGAGGAGAUUCAACGGGAGAGUGAUGUGUAUAAGCAAGAAGUUGUUCCUUCGUAUUGCUUUGGAGCUGAUCCUGAGCUUGAUGAAUUUAUGGAAACGUACUGCGAUAUAUUGGUGAAAUACAAAUCGGAUCUAGCAAGACCGUUUGACGAGGCUACGUGUUUCUUGAACAAGAUUGAGAUGCAGCUACGGAACCUAUGUACUGGUGUCGAGUCUGCCAGGGGAGUUUCUGAGGAUGGUGCAAUAUCAUCUGACGAGGAACUGAGUGGAGGUGAUCAUGAGUUAGCAGAAGAUGGUAAACAAAGAUGCGAAGACCGUGAUCUGAAGGAUAGGUUGCUACGCAAAUUUGGAAGCCGUAUAAGUUCUUUAAAGCUGGAGUUCUCAAAGAAGAAAAAGAAAGGAAAGCUACCUAGAGAAGCAAGACAAGCUCUUCUUGAUUGGUGGAAUCUCCAUUAUAAAUGGCCUUACCCUACUGAAGGUGAUAAGAUAGCUUUAGCUGAUGCAACGGGCUUAGACCAGAAACAAAUCAACAAUUGGUUUAUAAACCAAAGGAAACGUCAUUGGAAACCAUCAGAGAAUAUGCCUUUCGCUAUGAUGGAUGAUUCUAGUGGAUCAUUCUUUACCGAGGAAUGAAUUUAUUUACCGUAUUUAUUUAACGUUGAUAAAAAAAGAUGGGUGUAUUU